AUGUGGAAGUCACUUUUCCUCAUAGCCAUUUCUGGCACCCAUUACUCUAGCGCUUCGGCGAAGGCUAUCGCCGAUGGCUACACUCAAAUGGGCCAGCCGUUCCGCUUCAACAAGAACUCUGUAGUCGCGCCAGCCUUUGAGGAAACAAGCUCUGAAGCUUGGUGGCCAUCCAAGGGAAGGUCUCCUCUACGCAGAAGCCAGCACGCGUAUGACUGA